AUGGAGGAUGUUUCUAAAGCUGCAUCGCCAAGGGGAAACGCGGAUGCUGAUACAAUAAGCGCAGUCGAGGGAUUAUUAGAUGAGGCUGACAAAACUGGCCAUGCUGUGACAAUUGGCACCGAAACGCCUACUGCCGACACCGCGCCAGAUCGACACGCAUCUACACCUGUUCGUCAAACUGCACCAUUUGCACCCCUCUGCACUUCAGGCACCUCCGGGAUUAGGACUACACACUUCUACAGUACAGCACAGCCAUACGCAUGUGGCGUUCCACAACCUAUAGAACUGCAAUGCAACCAAACUGCAGGUAUAACGGGAACACACAUUCCAUCGACCGCGUUCAAUGUCGUCCCUAACCUUGCUAACGCGAUGACAUUUCCGUAUACUUCGACUACGAACGGCAUGACGACCAUGCUGCCCAACUUAACCUCAAACAGCAAUACAGUCUCGGCUAUAUCUUCGUCUCAACCCUUAUCUGCAUAUACAUCAAUGCACAAUUUUCACAGUUUGCCAACAUCGGUUGCUUCAGGAUUUUCACACCCAAAUGUUAACCCUAACUUAAAUAUGCCUUAUGGAGGGUAUCCGACCGUUACUAAUCCGUAUAGUUACUCUACGACAGCCGACCUAAAUUUGACUGCGGCACAUAUAGCUAGUCGUCAAGUGCUUUCGAAAGAUCUGCCAACCUUUACAGGUAGGCCUGAAGACUGGCCCGUAUUUAUUACUAACUACGAGCAGUCUACCAUACGGUGCGGAUUCACGGACCAAGAAAACCUUAUUAGGUUGCAGAAAUGCUUGAAGGGCCAAGCAUUAGAGGCAGUUCGUGGUAGGCUUAUGGUGCCGUCUACGGUUGGAUUGGCCAUUAAUACACUCCGCAUGUUGUAUGGUAGACCAGACGUAAUUCACCAAGUAAUGCUGCGUAGGUUAAGGGAGGAACCAUCUGUAAAGCCAGACAAAUUAGAAACCUUAGUAACAUUUUCAUUAGCGGUACAAAAUUAUCGCGCUACAAUGCAGUCGGUAGGUCUAAACGAUUAUCUAAAUGAUCCAGUGCUAUUAAACGAGCUGGUAGCUAAACUACCAUGUAACCAAAGGUUGAGUUGGGGCCAGCAAUGUAUGUCCCUGAGACGCGCUGACAUUGCUGCAUUCGAUGAUUGGCUUUUCGGUCUAGCCAUGUGCGCUAGCCAGGUCACUUCCAUCCAGAUAUCGGCGAUAGCAUCGUGUAAUAGCAACGUCGAAGCAAAAAAGGGAAAUCGCGAAUCACUAAAGGGCAGAAUAAUGAUUCACGAUGUGGUUGCGAAAAAUAACGAGCAGAGUAAAAAGUCGAUGAAUUGCCUGAAAUGCGGUGCGAGCCAUACGCUGUCCGAUUGCUAUGAGUUUCGUGCCCUAUCGCAAAGUGACAGACGGAAAUUUGUACGGGAAAAUAAACUCUGUUUACGCUGCUUCAAAAGUCAUUUCAUUCGUCGAUGUAAUUCGAAAAGGUGCUGUGGCGUAGAUGAUUGUAGAAUGGCUCACCAUCCACUGCUUCACAAUGGAACUUCGUUGGCGAUUGGUAAACAACAACAAGCAACAUUAUACCACGAGUUGGGCACAGCAGCUGAUAAAGAAACGCAAAGACCGCUUUUCAGGUAUGUGGAGGUUAUUUUACAUAGCGGUACCAAAUCAAUACGUACGUUCGCCCUUAUCGACGAAGGAGCCUCCUGUACGCUAAUUGAGUCUCAAUUGGCGAACGAGCUUGAUUUAGAUGGGCCAGUUGAAUCGUUAUGCUUGCGUUGGACGGGAGAAAUUACUCAAAAUGAGGCAAAUUCCAAAUUUGUCAAUCUUCAUGUUUCACCGAUUACAUUACCCUCUCAAAAAUACAGGCUUCGAAACGUUCGAACCGUUGCUAAUCUACUACUUCCUCAGCAGUCACUGUUCAGCUCUACGAUUAGUAAGCACGCACACAUUAAGGGUCUGCCGAUUCGACCGUAUAAUAAAGCAAGGGCGCGAAUAUUGAUAGGUUUGGACAACGCUAAAAUAGGAAUCCCUAUCGAAAUAAGAGAAGACAGGGGAUCCAACCUUAUUGCCGCAAAGUGCCGACUAGGAUGGAGUGUAUAUGGGCGCGAUAAAACUAACUGCGCUGAACAACCGAGAAUAUUGCGUACCUGCGAAUGUGAUACAACCAGAGACAAUCGUAUGGACCAGCAACUGAAAACAUAUUUUUCUAUUGAUGCCAUCGGAUCAUAUGCACCAAUUAAGCCGUUGAUAUCUAAAGAUGAUGAACGCGCUCUUCAAAACAUGGAAAAGACCACGCGCUUUAUCUCCGCUGAAAAGAGAUGGGAAACCGGGUUACUUUGGAAGCACGAAGCUGUCGAGCUUCCCGAUUCGCUGCCUAUGGCAAUCCGGCGACUCUCGUGCUUAGAAAGUAAAAUGAAGCAUGAUUCGUCAAUUCGUCAAUUUCUUAUAAACAAAAUACAUGAUUAUGAGAAAAAAGGGUACGUACGUAAGUUGAACAAAAACGAAAUAAAAUAUAGCGCUAGGUCUUGGUAUCUCCCUAUAUUUACUGUUCUAAAUGCCAAUAAAAAGAAAACUCGAUUGGUUUGGGAUGCUGCAGCAAGGGUAAAGGGUGUCGGGCUCAAUGAUAUGUUGCUGAAAGGGCCCGAUCUACUUAAGUCUCUACUGGGGGUACUGCUCCGAUUUCGCGAACGACGUUUCGCAGUUUGUGGAGAUAUACGCGAAAUGUUCCACCAGAUUAAAAUUAUAAAAGAAGAUCAAGUGGCGCAAAAAUUUCUUUGGCGAAACGAUGGCUCGUCUCGCGACUAUGAUAUCUACGUGAUGAGGGUUAUGACAUUCGGCGCUUCGUGCUCGCCUUCCUUGGCGAACUACAUAAAAAAUCGUAACGCUCACCGAUUUGCUGAUCUUCAUCCCGACGCCGAACGGGCCAUCGUUAGUAACACAUUUGUUGACGAUUGGCUUCAGAGUGCAGACUCUGAAAAUGAAUUGGCUCGUUUAGCAACUAAAGUUCGUUGGGUUCAUCAGGAGGGCGGAUUCCAAAUGAGAAACUGGAAAUCUAAUUCCAAACACGUACUAUUUUCAUUAGAUGCUGACGACGUUCCAGCCGCCAAAUGUUUUGAAGAGCCAGAAGCCGUUAUAGAGAAGGUACUAGGGAUGUGGUGGCUGCCAGUUUCGGAUGAGUUAACAUAUAUUGAAAAUUUUCCAAAGGAAGUUUUUAAUGAAAAUACGAUCGUGUCGAAGCGACAAAUUUUGCGCACAAUAAUGACGAUUUUCGAUCCUAUGGGUUUGCUCGGUUUUGUCAUUGUACAGGCAAAAAUUAUUUUACAAGAUGUCUGGCGCUCCGGAGUAGGUUGGGAUGAACCGAUUAAAGAAGAAGAACGGUGCAACUGGUUUCGUUGGGUAAAACGCAUUCCUGCGAUCAACGGCAUUAAAAUUCCCCGUUGCCUUUCACUCGCCAGCGAAAACCAAAAUAAUCAGUUGCACAUUUUUGUAGAUGCAAGCAUAAAAGCCUACGCUGCGGUGGCCUACAUCCGGUCAGAAGUAGGUUCGCAAAUAUCUUGUUCACUUUUGGCUUCGAAAACUCGCGUUGCGCCAUUGAAGCUCACUUCCAUACCCAGGCUGGAGCUGUUAGCUGCUGUUUUGGGACUUAGGCUGGCAAAUGUUCUUAGCUAUGAACUGUCCAUUACAGUAAAUCGCAGAGUAUUCUGGACAGACUCCAAAAAUGUGUUUUUUUUUGGCUGCGAUCGAGCACAAGAAAAUACCAUCAAUUCGUGGCGCUGA